AUGAACGCAUCUGUGACCCGGUUUAGCCGCCUAGGCCCUCACCACCUCCCCCUCCGUGUUCACGUCCAGUCCGAUCAACCCCCUCAACCGCCGCAUCGUCGACCCACAUCAUUAAAACCAGCCUCGAUGACUCAACCUCUCCCCACCCACUCACCCACACAACCCUUAACACUCACCAUCACAUCGCAGCGCUGGAUUCCAUCACCGACCUUAUCCAUCUACCUUUCAAGUCGAAAUUACCCCUAA